AUGCCAGCUCAUCUAAACUUCAGCCACACGAUUGUCAUGAUCAACACCUCACUGGCGAUUGUGGCCAAUUGUGGACUAGUGCGAGUGAUUGCAAAGCACAGCCGCCCUGAAUUCGGUCGUUACAAAUAUUUGAUGAUGCUCUUCGCCACGUUCAGCAUCAUCUUUCCACUAUUUCAUUUCGUUUUGAUGCCGGGUUGCCAUGUCUUUGGUUACUCCUAUGCGUUUUUCGUGGCCGGUCCAAUUGGGGAUUACAUAAGUGCAUCCGUUGGACAGUACCUAAUCCUUUACUGGUGUCUCCUCUACAAUCAACAAUUGAUUUUGAUCGUUUUUCACUUUCUCUAUCGAUAUAUUGUCGUUUGCCGCUUCCACUUAAUCCCCAUAUUCAAACGAUGGCCAAUUCGUCUCCUCUUGUUCUCCUAUGUGAUCAUCGAUCUCUCGGCUUGGGUCGGACUAUUCGAGAUUCAAUCAUGGUCGCUGAGAGGAAAUCGAGCUUAUAUUAAAUCCGAGUUUUGGCAAUAUUAUAACAUCAACAUUGACAAUGCUUCGCUUGUCGGAUCGCUGUUCAAGGCAAAUGACACAAAUGGCGUUGAAAGGUACAUGGGAAGGGAUGUGAUUUGCUGGAUGGUCAUCUGCACUCUCGUUUUCUAUAAAUUUUGCAUAAUGGUUUGGUUCACUAUGAACAUCCACCGAACUCUCAAAUACAGUUUGAUGAGUCAUCGAGCCAAACAAAUGCAAACCGAUCUUUUAAAAGCAUUGAUUGCACAGACAGCAUGCCCAUUCAUCCUCGAAGGAGCCCCAUGUAUUCAAUGUACAAUUUGUGGCUUUUUCGGGAUUUACGUCGGAUCGUGGCAAAACUACGGCUUUGUCUUUGUUUCGUCUUAUCCUCUUAUGGAUGCCUUUUCAAUGACAUAUUUCAUUCGAGAUUAUCGACGAGCUGUCAUCGAUAGAUUGAAACAAACAUUUUCAUCAGCUUCUGUGGAAAGCAUUGAAGAAUUCACGCCACCAAAAGCUCUAUAUUUAGCUUCU